AUGCCCCCUCCCCGCCGCCAAAACAAAGACCACCUCCUCUCCACCCUCCCACCCCCCUUCUCCGACAAUGAUGCUAACGGGAACCUGCGCCCAAAAAUCAAAUCCCGCCUCCCCACCUCCCCUCUCCUAGUAAUCCUCGACGACGACCCCACCGGAACCCAAACAUGUCACGACAUCCAAGUCCUCAUGACCUGGGAAAUCUCCACAUUAAAAGCCUCCUUCGCCUCCUCAACCACCUCCGCAACCGGAGGGUUUUUCAUUUUAACGAAUUCUCGAGCUUUACAUGCCCCUCAAGCUCGCUCACUGCUCCACGAGAUUUGUCAAAAUUUGAAAAUCGCGGGACGGGAGACUGGGGAAAAGUUCGAAAUUGUGUUGCGAUCGGAUUCGACGUUGAGGGGACAUUUUCCUUUGGAAGCGGAUGUUGUAUCUGAAAUCUUGGGGGAAGCGGAUCUGUGGAUUCUCGCACCGUUCUUUUUGCAAGGGGGGAGGUAUACGAUCUCUGAUGUGCAUUAUGUUGAGGAGGAAGGGGUUUUGGUGCCGGCGGGCGAGACGCAGUUUGCGAGGGAUGCGACGUUUGGGUAUCAAGAGAGUAAUUUGAGGGAUUGGGUUGUGGAGAAGAGUGGGGGGAGGAUUUUGAGGGAGAGGGUUGUGAGUUUGGGGUUGGAGGAUGUGAGGGUUGGAGGGCCGGAGAGGGUGAGGGAGUUGGUGAUGGGGUUUGAGAAGGGGAGUGUUGUGGUUGUCAAUGCGGCGAGUGAGAGUGAUAUGGAUGUUGUUGUUUUGGGGAUUUUGGAUGGUAAGUGGAUUUCUAGGAAGUUUCUGUAUCGCAGCGGCGCGGCUUUGGUUUCUGCUAAGUUGGGUAUUGCUCCAAUUCCACCGAAAACUGCCGAGCAGCUGCAUCUCGAUCCCAAGGUUGGCGGCUUGAUCAUUGCGGGAAGCUAUGUGCCCAAGACGACUGCUCAAUUGGAGGUGCUCCGAGAGAAGAGCGGUUCGAGGCUGACGACGAUUGAGCUGCAAGUGGAUCAGCUACUUGAGUCCGAGAUGAGCGCGGAUCUUAUCAUCCAACAAGCGCAGGAGGAAGCUGCACGUGAGAUCGAAAGGGGCCAAGACGUGCUCGUCAUGACCAGUCGGAAGCUCGUGACAGGUGCGGAUGCUACAGAGAGCCUGAACAUUGGUUCAGCAGUCGCCCGAGCGCUUGUGCAUUUCUUGAGCGGCUUGACAUCGAGACCAAGAUAUGUGAUUGCCAAGGGUGGCAUCACGUCGUCAGAUAUGGCGUCGAAAGCACUAGGCAUGAAGAUCGCCACUGUCGUGGGUCAAGCGGCUCCAGGUGUGCCAUUGUGGGAGUGCCUGGAAGAGUCGUCGAAAUGGAGCGGCAUUCCUUACGUCGUGUUUCCAGGUAAUGUGGGGUCGAAUGAUACCGUAUUCCAGGUAGUUGAUGGUUGGAGAGGACGAUAA